AUGGAUACUCAAUUAAAGCAUGUUACGGUUGAGAAAAUUGUUGGCCGCACUGGUUCAAGAGGACAGGUGACUCAAGUUAGAGUGAGUUUUGUUGACGACCCAACUCGUCGCAUUAUGAGGAAUGUGAAAGGUCCGGUGAGAGUGGGUGAUGUCAUCACUCUAUUGGAGUCUGAAAGAGAAGCAAGGAGGUUGCGAUAG